GUAGGGGAAGGAGGGAGAGAGAGGGAGGGAAGCCUCAGCCCCGGCUGCCCCGCCUCGGCUUAGCUCUCCACGCCCUUUUGGGCCCCCAGUUAUUAAGCCGGUAGGGCCUCGGUUCCGGGCCGAGGCCGGCGUCCCGGGAGAGGCGGGGACGCAGAUUUGGAUAGUACUGUGGCCUAAUAAUUAGGACAGUUGGUGGGAGCAAUGGAAGGCAGCAAGGCAGAAGAGGUGCUGGAUAUUCUCAGACUUAAUGUGGGAGGCUGUAUUUAUACAGCCAGGCGUGAGUCCUUGUGCCGCUUUAAGGAGUCGAUGCUUGCAUCUAUGUUCAGUGGACGAUUUCCUCUAAAGGUGGAUGAAUCUGGGGCUUGUCUAAUUGAUCGUGAUGGAAAUCUGUUUAAAUACCUUUUGGAUUAUCUUCAUGGGGAAGUUCGGAUUCCUAAAGAUGAGCAAACUCGAAUUGCACUGCAGGAGGAGGCUGAUUACUUUGGCAUCCCUUACCCUUAUAGUUUAUCUGACCACUUGGCCAAUGAAAUGGAGACAUAUGCUUUAAGGUCAAAUAUAGAACUUAAAAAGGCUUUGACAGACUUUUGUGAUUCUUAUGGGUUAUCCUGCAACAAACCUACUGUUUGGGUUCUACACUAUCUCAGCACAUCUGGAGCAAGCUGUGAAAGUAGAAUUAUUGGAGUGUAUGCUACAAAAGCAGAUGGAACUGAUGCUAUUGAUAAACAACUAGGAGGAAGAAUUCGUAGCAUAUAUAAAAGAGAGGCUGGAAAUAAUGUUCAGUACAUUUGGAGCUAUUACUCAGUAGCUGAAUUGAAGAAGAUGAUGGAUGCAUUUGAUACUUGGGAAGGUGAAGGUGUUAGCUACUGGCGUGUUCCACAGGAAUUAAUAGAAUGCUGGACUCUUGAAGAGCGACCUUUACAGGGAAAUCUCCGUCACAUGGCUCCAAUUAGAAAAAGGCGCUUGAUAGCCUUGAAUGAAGAGGAAGAGGAUGGUGUGAACUGUAAAGCAGGACCUAAACCCAUUAGAUUUUUGGGUCCUUCAACAAGCACACAUAUCAAAGUCAAGAAUUCUGCUUCAGUAAAGGUGAUUACAUCUAAUACUUCAAAAACCUCUUCCCAGAUGACAAUUAAGCGGCCUAGUAGUGGCAGUCAUUUAGCUCGAUGCCAUACUGUGUCAAAAACCAUACCUGACCCUGGCAUUUCAGUGUCUAUGAAUUCACAGGCAUCCUGUGGAACUGAAAGUGCAGAAAAUGGUGAAACACAUACAUCCCCAGUGAAGGUUUCCCUCUCAGAAAAGAAGCCUACGCCAACUCGAGUGAUCAAACUGAAGCGGACUCCACUGUGUACAGUAACACCUUCUCAGCUAUCUUCUCCAGGAAUGAAUAAAACAAACCACCCCGGAACCUCUUCUGCUGAAAUGCCCAAUACUUCUAGUGUGUGGGCUCAAAAUGUGAAGAAUGAGAAUAACUAGCAGUAACCAAUGGUGGAAUAAAAUUUCUGUAUCUGUUUCAUAGAACUUCUAAUCCAUAUGGUACAAUGAAGUUAAUAAUAAGUAUCUUCUGAUACAGUAGUCAUGGAAACUGCAAAUUGGAAAGUUACUGGGGAGUUUGUGGGCAAUGGGAGUUUUGGCUGAAAGAUUAAAUAGUUAGGACAGAUUUAUUGUUUUUAAAAUUUUGCAGCAUUUAGUUUUUACAUAGGCACAGUUAAGAACCUCAAGUUUUAAAAAGAAGUGCUGGAUUUCUUUUAAUUUUUUAUGGCAUAAAGGUAAGAAAGCAGCUUAGAAAACUAGUCAUCAGAUGAUUUUCCUAACUACUUUCAGGCAAAACAAAAUGAUAAAUCUAAACUUUGAUUGGGAUUAGAGCACUUUCAUAUUUUCCUAUUUGUUGAAGGCUAAGGAUUGGAGUAUGUCAGCCUUGACGGAGAGCAGCUGGAUUUGUAUUAAUAUAUCCUGUAUUAAAAGAAUGGAAAGUAAAAUGUUGAACUCCUAGUUUGAUCAAGUGGAGAUAUCCCUCAUCCAGUCUUGGCCUUAUGACAGGAAAAUAUAGGAAGGGAAGACAUAUAAGACAAUACUUUGAUAUCAUACCUUGACUCUUAAAAUUUAAAAGAAGUGUUCUUUCUCUUUGUUUGUCUGUCUUUCUCACACAGACACCAACGACACCAACACACACACACACACACACACACAGAGUUGGCCUUUCUUAAUACUUUCCUUUUGCAAAUCUAUUUGGAUUUAAUGUAAAGGGGAUCAUUAGGGCAUAAAUUUUAGGGUACUUCUUUAGAAUGAUUUGAUAAGUUGUUUUUUAUUAUUUUGGUUAACAGGAUUUUUUUUUUGGAUUUUUUUUUUAUUUUUUUUUUUUUUUUACAUUUUGAAGGCUCUUUGAAACAAUGGAAGUUGGUAUCUUUUAAAAUAAAGCUAAUAUUUUUCAAAAAUGACCAAAUAGUUAAGAAAGACAUUCAUUACACAGCAUAAUUUGUAUGCAUAUAACUUUCCACAUGGGAAGAUGAAUUUAAGAUUUUUUUUUUUUUUACAGAAUAUUUGGAUUAAUCAUCUAUUUUUCCAUGAAUAUUCAGUUGCAUAUAUUUUACCUUUUUUAUUUUAUAUCUGAACUCUUUCUAUCUUCAAGGAAUAGUAUGCCUUUUGUGUUUUUACAACUAAUUUCAUAAAAGAAUACUUUCUACUUAACUACUCAUCAAAAUACUUGGAUCGAUCUGAAAGAGUAAGCUUAAAGAUCCUUAAGAGGACUAAUUUUACAAAAAUAAAAUAAAACUUUUCCAGAAAAAGAAA